UUGAUGGUUCCUAUACUUACCAUUCCCGAAACUGCGUUUGAUCCUAGUGGAUUCCAUUCUAAUAAUGCAAGAAGAUCAAGAUUACUUGGAUUUCUUAUCAAAUUAACAAAUGGAUCUGCCAUAUUACUUACAUUAAUAUAUUUGAUUGGGAUAUUUGGAUUAAAACCAUUACUUGAAUUAACUGCAAAUAGAAGACUUGAAGUAUUAGAACUAUUUAGGGCGAAAUUACGUGAUUGUUACCUUAAUUUAAUUGGAAAAGUUAGUUAUAUCCCCAUUGUUGCGAUUAAUAAAAAUGAUGGCAGUGGUAAAUUAUAUGCUGAUGCAAUCACUCAAACAAUUGAUUUAAAUGGAAAUGAUAAUGAUGAAGAAAAUGAUAAAUUAUCACAAAAUAAACUUGCAAAUAAAUUAAAUCAAUUAUCAGAAAAAUUAAAUCAAUGUACUUCAUAUCUGGUUUCAGAAAUUCCUCAUUAUAAGACAAUUAGAUAUUGUGUUAAAGAAUUUCAAAAUAAAGCAGAUAUGAUUUAUUUUAAUAAUCGAGAAUUUUUUACAGUUGAUACAGAAGGAAUUAAUGGUAAAAGGAAGAAGAAUUUAACCUUAGAAAUGAAGAAUGAAAUUAGAAGUAUAAAGGGGAUGUAUAUUAGUGGUAAAGUGUAG